GGGGCGGGCCUAGAAGACAGUACGCGUGUAUACCACUACAGCCUUGGGUCUGAUAAGAAAAGAAUUCCUGUACAACUCUCUUCUCAAUCAACUCUUUCAUUAUUUCUCGAAUAACUGCCCCUAUAAAGUAAGCAAUGGCCAGAGUAUCAUAUUUCAGUGAGUUGUAAGACCCAUAAAAUACAUAAAACAAGACAAUCUAGAAAAAAAGUAAGGUGCUGAAAGUUGCUACUUUAGACACAGCUGAUGACAGCGUCGAUGUUGUAGAUUAUCGGUUCUUUCCGUGGACGUUCGGGAUCUUGGAGACUGUAGGAGUUAGCCACGAGUUGGAACAGAUUUGGACAAACUGGCGCCAACAUUUUCUGGCAAAAAAACACCAAACAUGAGGAGGGCACAUGCUGGACAAUUUUAUGAACCAGUUCCUACAAACGUAGACCAUGGAGAUAUUCUGGAAGAAGAAAAUGAAAAGAUGACUGCACUGUUAAGAGACAAGAUUCAUGAUUUGAAAGCUGUUACACUUGAAAUUGGAAAUGAAGUGAAAUAUCAGGAGAAACUUCUAAACCACAUGGCAGAUGAUUUUGACAGAACAGGUGGCUUCUUGAAGAACACAAUGAAUCGUGUCGUUCGUCUCGGAAAAGGAAGCCAUAACCAUUACAUAUUGUAUCUGUUCAUUUUUUCAUUUUCAGUCUUUUUUACGCUUUGGUUAGUUCUAAAGAUGAGAUGAGGAUUGUAUUUUAAAAUGGAAAGCUGUACAAAUAUUACUAAAGGAAACAAAAAUAUGGCUAGUAUUUUGGUUUAAACUGUGAUAUACAUGUUUUUGUUCUCAUGUGGAAGGUGGUUGUUGGCUAUGGUAUGCACGGAGUGUGUGUAAACUGUACUAAUACCAUACUGUGUGAAUUCGUAUUGUAUUAUGAAUGUGUAUACUGUAUAUGUUUCAAAAUAUAAAAAGUAUGUUGGAAACAA